AUGGUACCCCUGCUCAGCCUGAUCCUGGUGACCCUGGUGGGCCUUCCUCUGGCCCAGGCCCUGGACUGCCAUGUCUGUGCCUACAAUGGUGAGAACUGCUUUAACCCCAUGCGUUGCCCAUCCAUGGUCUCCUAUUGCAUGACCACACGAACCUACUACACCCCGUACAGGAUGAAGGUGAGCAAGUCCUGCGUGCCCAGCUGCUUUGAGACUGUCUACGAUGGCUACUCCAAGCAUGCCUCCACCACUGUCUGCUGCCAGUAUGACCUCUGCAACGGAGCUGGCCUUGCGGCCCCCACUGCACUAACCGCUGCACUGGUGGUCACCCUCUGGGGUCUGCUGUAA